CAGCAGUUCCGGAAGAUGGUGGAAAGUCGGAAAUCCUUGAACUUCCACUCCCAGCAGGUGCUCACGUACCAGCAGAAGGAAAUCAAGACCCUGCAAGAGGAGCAGGACGAGAUCACCCUGCUUUUGAGUCUCAUCAAGUCCUCCAAGAACUUAGAUCUGAAUGAGAAAAACUACAUGGAGCUGCGUUUCCUGCUGCAAACCAAAGAGGACUACGAGGCCUUGAUUAAAUCGAUGAAACUACUGUUGGCUGAACUGGAUGAGAAGAUUAUUCAGAUGGAAAAAAAAAUAACAAACCAAAAACAGAUCUUCACAAAAAUACAGGAGGCCAAUAGUCCCCGGAAACUGCAAAAACAGAUCCACGUGUUAGAAACUCGUCUGAAUCUUGUCACUGUGCAGUUUGACAAGAUGCUGACCACCAAUGCUAAGCUGCGGAAGGAGAUUGAGGACCUACGGUAUGAGAAGGCUGCUUAUGACAACGUCUACCAACAGCUCCAUCGACGCCUGUCGUUGAAGAAGAAAACCAUGAACGUGGCCAUUGAACAGUCUGCGCAGGCCUACGGGCAGAGACUGGAAGCCAUGGCUCGAAUGGCAGCCAUGAAGGAGCGCCAGCAGAAGGACAUCUCUCAGUACAACCUGGAGAUCCGAGAGCUGGAGCGCAUCUACGCCCACGAGACCAAGCUCAAAUCCUUCCUGCUCAUCAAGCUGAAUGAUCGCAUGGAGUUCGAGGAGCAGGCCAAAAAGGAAGAAGCUCUCAAGGUGAAGAAGUCCAGGAAGAAGAGCAAGGGUGAGUGCUUUGAGAGCUAUGAGGUGGCCCACCUCCGGCUGCUGAAGCUGACUGAGAAUGGUGACCUAAAUGAGUUCAUGAAGGAAUUUCUGGCCAAGGAGGAGAAGAACUUUGCCAGGUUCACGUACGUCACAGAGCUUAACAACGACAUGGAGAUGAUGCACAAGAAGAUCGAGAAAAUCCAGAAUGAGAUCCUCUUCUUGCAAUCCCAGCAGAAAGCGUCCCAGGAUGAGAACAGCUCUGUCCUGAGACAGCUGGAGGAGAAACUGAAGAAGACCAGCGAGGAGGCGGAUAUGUACGAGAACAGCUACAAGGAGGUCAGCAAGACCUUGGAGACCCUCAAGAGCUCAGUGGAGAAUCUUUUUAAGAAGAUAAAUUGUGAUGCCACCAAGAUCCUGGUGCAGUUAGGGGAGACAGGGGAAAUCACCAAUACCAACCUGUCUCAGUACUUGGCCAUCAUUGAAAAGAAGACCAACGACCUGCUGCUGUUAGAGUCCUACAAGCGGAUCCUGGACAAGGAAGGGGUGGAGGCGGAGCAACCGGCACCCUUCAUCAACCCUUUCUGGGGCGGCACUGCCCUCCUGAAGAAUGUGGAACCCAUCAAGGUCAACCCCCCAGCGCUUGGGGCCGACCCCUUCAGCGACAGGUUGGACGAAGUGGACCAGCCCCUGGACCACAGCAGCCUUCAGCAGAUGGUGCUCAGCAACUACACCAUGAAAGAGUUGCGAAACAGGGACUCACAGCUGGACAGCGUCCCUGAAAAGGGGGACGACCUGAGGCUCAAGAAGAAGUUAAUGGUCUGA